CACGUAUUCAUUCUUGCAGGCACCGUGGUUGACGAAAGACCUGUUUGCUUUACCACUGAUUACUGUGAUCUCGCUUGGGGAUUUGUUGUUAUUGUCACAUCUAUCGAUAAAGAAAAAAAAGUAUUUUGCGUCGUGAUUCGUGUGUUGGGCGGUUCAGCAAUUCGAGAUCGACCGGUUAUCGUGUAACAGUUUCACUGACCACGUAGCAAGUGCCUCGACCGCACGAUGGCUGGCCCCAACCCGUUCCAAAACCUACGAAAGGAGCUCAAUGUAAAUGGAGAAACGUUCCACUAUUUCGAUAUCGCUUCCUUCGAGGAGUUCAAGGAACUCCCGUACAGCAUUCGCGUGCUUCUGGAGUCGGCCGUCCGCAACUGCGACAACUUUCACGUUCUGGAGAAAGACGUACGGGGCAUUUUGAGCUGGAAGGCUACAAAGAGCGUUAAGAGUGAUGCCGAGUUGGAGAUUCCGUUCAAGCCGGCCCGUGUUAUUUUACAGGAUUUCACCGGUGUUCCUGCGGUGGUUGAUUUCGCUGCAAUGCGUGAUGCCGUGCUCAGACUGGGUGGUGAUCCGGACAAGAUUAAUCCGAUUUGUCCGUCGGAUCUUGUGAUCGAUCAUUCGGUGCAGGUGGAUUUCGCCCGCACUCCCGAUGCGUUGACCAAGAAUCAGGAUUUGGAGUUCGAACGGAACAAGGAACGUUUUACCUUCUUGAAGUGGGGAGCGAAGGCAUUUAACAACAUGAUGAUUAUUCCACCGGGGUCUGGCAUUGUGCAUCAAGUUAAUCUGGAGUAUUUGGCCCGUGUGGUGUUCCAGGAUGAUUCCAAAUCUAAGGAUGGAAUUAAAAUGUUGUAUCCUGAUAGUGUGGUCGGAACUGAUUCGCACACGACUAUGAUCAACGGGUUGGGAGUUGUUGGCUGGGGUGUUGGUGGUAUCGAGGCUGAGGCUGUCAUGCUAGGACAGGCCAUCUCCAUGCUGCUACCGGAAGUUAUCGGUUACAAACUGGUUGGAAAGCUAAGUUCUCUGGCCACUUCAACCGAUCUUGUGUUGACCAUCACCAAACACUUGCGACAGAUUGGCGUCGUUGGUAAGUUCGUUGAAUUCUUCGGACCUGGUGUCAGCGAGUUAUCGAUUGCUGAUCGGGCCACCAUCAGUAACAUGUGUCCAGAAUACGGUGCUACGGUUGGAUUUUUCCCGAUCGAUCAGAACACUUUGGGUUACCUGAGACAGACGAACCGUGCCGAAGACAAAGUUCAAGUGAUCGAAGCCUACCUGAAGGCUACAAAACAGUUACGUGAUUUCAACGACGCUUCGGAAGAUCCAGUUUACACGCAGAUUGUGGAACUUGACUUGAGCACUGUUGUCACUUCUGUUUCCGGCCCGAAACGUCCUCAUGAUCGCGUGUCGGUUUGUGACAUGCAGAAGGACUUCCGGGAUUGUCUAAUUAACAAAGUAGGUUUCAAAGGAUUUGCCGUCCCGGAGGCCGAACUCAGCACUGAAGCCAGCUUCAGUUGGGCCGAUGGAGAGACAUACACUCUGCGACAUGGUUCGGUCGUAAUAGCCGCGAUUACAUCUUGUACGAACACGAGCAACCCAUCAGUGAUGCUGGGAGCUGGUCUGAUGGCUAAAAAAGCAGUCGAAGCUGGUUUGAAGGUUGCGCCGUAUAUCAAAACAUCGCUCUCCCCCGGAAGCGGCGUCGUGACAUAUUAUCUGCAGGAAUCCGGAGUUAUUCCAGCGCUCGAGCAGCUCGGCUUCAACAUUGUAGGUUAUGGUUGUAUGACUUGCAUUGGCAAUUCCGGCCCGUUGGACGAUAACAUCGCUAACACCAUCGAGAAGAAUAAUCUGGUAUGUUGUGGCGUUCUUUCUGGAAAUCGGAACUUUGAAGGACGCAUUCAUCCGAAUACUCGCGCCAACUAUUUGGCCAGUCCACUUCUCGUUAUUGCUUACGCACUGGCAGGAACCGUUGAUAUCGAUUUCGAGAAAGAACCAAUCGGCACGGAUGCCAAUGGUGGAAAGGUGUUCCUUAGAGAUAUCUGGCCAUCGCGUUCGGAAAUUCAAGCCGUCGAGAAGAAGCAUGUUAUUCCGGCGAUGUUCCGUGAUGUUUACGCCAAAGUUGAACUUGGAUCGCCUUCCUGGCAAGGCCUAAAUGCUCCCACUGGAAAGCUCUACCCGUGGGACGAGAUUUCCACCUACAUUAAACAUCCGCCAUUCUUCGAAAAAAUGUUCCGAGAGCUACCGAAGAUCGAGAACAUCGUCAACGCACGUGCUCUGCUUUUCCUGGGCGAUUCAGUGACCACCGACCAUAUUUCUCCGGCCGGUUCGAUCGCUCGUAACAGCCCAGCAGCUCGCUAUCUGUCCUCCCGGGGAUUGGUCCCCCGUGAAUUCAACUCGUACGGUUCGCGCCGAGGAAACGAUGCGGUGAUGGCUCGCGGUACGUUCGCUAACAUUCGCUUGGUGAACAAGUUGGUUCCGAGCCCCGGGCCACGCACUUUGCACAUUCCAAGCGGGGAAGAGAUGGAUAUCUUCGAUUGUGCCGAACGGUACACCGAGGAGGGAACGCCACUGAUUGUGAUCGUCGGCAAGGACUACGGCAGUGGCUCCAGUCGUGAUUGGGCCGCAAAGGGACCAUUCCUGCUUGGUGUGAAAGCUGUUAUUGCCGAGUCGUACGAACGGAUACAUCGAUCGAACCUGGUCGGGAUGGGAAUUGCACCUUUGCAGUACAUGGAGGGUCAAAAUGCCGAAACGAUUGGUCUAACAGGGAAGGACUUGUUUAGUAUUGGUCUGCUGGAUGAAAAGAUUAUCGUUAAGACAGAUACUGGCAUCAGUUUUCAGGUGAUUUCGCGUUUCGACACCGAGGUGGAUUGGGAGUAUUUCCGCAAUGGAGGAAUUUUAAAUUACAUGAUAAGGAAGAUGAUUUCCUAAAACCGAGGGUACGCGUAUUCUUGGGAACAUCUUUUUUGAUAAUCUUUUUGGAACAGGUGGAGUGUUUGUCAUACAUGUACUGAUAUGACCAGUGUUAUUUAAAAAUUGAAUAAUAAAUGUUUUCGGUACA